AUGUUGAAACGUACUAACAAAGGCAGGCUAUCUGCUAAAGGAAAAGAUAAGAAAAAGAAAAAAACACAUAAGCCACUAAUCAACAGAAAACAUAAAGGUAUCAUUCAAAUCAAUGUUCCAUAUUUUAAAUGGAAACUAAGAAUAUUUUGGAAGUUCUGUCUAUUAUCAUUAUUAGGUUGGUUUAUUGUAAUUAAUCAUUAUGAACAUAUGUCUGUGAAAAGAACAUUACAGAAAUGUGAUUGGAAGAAAUGGGAAACCUGGUCCAAGGACAAUAAUGGUCAUCCAGUAAGUAGUCAUAGAGUUGCUCUCUUUGCUGAUCCUCAAAUCUUAGAUGAUUAUUCUUAUCCAAAUAGACCAUGGAUUAUGAAUUAUGUCACUAAGAUCCUCGUCGAUCAUUACCAUAUUAGAAAUUGGAAAUACGUUCAAUAUCAUUUAAAUCCACAGACCAAUUUUUUCCUUGGAGAUUUAUUUGAUGGUGGUAGAAAUUGGGAGGAUGAAUAUUGGUUAAAAGAAUAUAAAAGAUUUAAUCAAAUUUUCCCAAAAAAACCAAAUACAAAAACUGUUAUGUCUUUACCAGGAAAUCAUGAUAUUGGAUUUGGAGAUACAGUAGUAGAAUCUAGUCUAAAGAGAUUCUCUACAUAUUUUGGUCCAACGUCAUCUUCAGUGGAUGUAGGUAAUCAUACAUUUGUGCUCGUAGAUACGAUAUCUUUAUCUGACAGAACCAAUCCAAACGUGUCCUCUAUCCCACAAGAAUUCUUGGAUAAUUUUACUAAAGAAUCUCACCCAUAUCCAAGAAUCAUGUUAACUCAUGUUCCAUUACAUCGUGAUCCAGAAAUUCAAAGUUGUGGUCCAGAAAGAGAAUCUAAAAAAUUGUUUCCAAUGCAAAAGGGUCUUCAGUAUCAAACUGUUAUUGACAGUGACAUAUCACAAAUGGUUCUAUCAAAGGUACAACCUGAUUUUGUUUUCUCUGGUGAUGAUCAUGAUUACUGUCAUAUUAAACAUACAUACAAUACACCAAUUAAUACGAAAGCUCAGACUGAAGAGAUUACUGUGAAGUCAUGUGCAAUGAACAUGGGUAUAUCAAAACCUGCUAUUCAAUUGGUUUCACUGUAUAAUGAUGGAAGUAAUACAGGUAAACCAACUAUCCAGACUCAAAUUUGUUACUUACCUGAUCCAUUUGAACCAAUCUGGGGUUACAUUAUUGCUGCUGCUAUCAACUUUGUGGCUUUGAUAUGGUAUUUGGUUAAAUUUGAUAAAGUUAAAGGACCAAGACUACAUAGUGCAUAUGCUGAUAAAGAUGAAUUACCUUUACCUGUAAGUGCUGAUGAUAAGACUGAGAAAUCCAAAGCUCGUAAGAAGAAACUAAAACUUUUAAUGAAUGAUGUAAACGUCAAUUUGAACGUUAUUGUAAAUUUAUUAGGAUUUAUUUUUAUGUAUUAUUAUAAAUAG